GUUUGACCCCAAAAGAGGGGAGGUGCGUAGAUGACGUCCAGCCCGAAGAUACACACUCGUCCUCAUCUGCCUUUGAGAGUUUUUUACUUUCUGGUUGGACAUCAUCGUGCUAAGAAUGACUUUGAGCAUCUGAAUUUGGGUGGAAGUGUGACGUUCAGUGAGGUGUUCAGAAGCAGGCCAAGAUGAGAUCCUCAUGUGCAGCUUUGACAUGGUGGGUCCUCAGGUGGAUCCUUCUCCUUCUUGUCACUGCAAAGCAGCUUAAUGCAGGAAAUGUGGAAGGCCCGUGUGCGGGGAGAAACUGUUCUGUGUGCCAAUGUUUUCCUGCCAAAGGUGCUCGGGGACCACCAGGUAAAUCAGGCAAGCAAGGACCUCAUGGCCCAAUGGGACCAGUUGGUCUGGUGGGGCUAGCUGGAGAGAAAGGCAGGUGGGGAGAACAGGGAUCACCAGGCCCAGAAGGGCCCAAAGGAGCCCGGGGCAACAUUGGACCACCAGGGUUUCCUGGUCAUGAGGGCUCACUGGGUCACCCUGGAGCGGGUGGUGAGCCUGGAUUGCCAGGGGUCGACGGCUGUGAGGGGGCUCGGGGUCAACCUGGCAUCCCUGGUAUUCCUGGUCUGGAUGGUCUGCAUGGCCCCCCUGGAUUUCCUGGACCAAAAGGGCUUAAGGGAGAACCCUUGUAUACGGAUUCCCUUCCUGGACUCCCUGGGGAUCCUGGUCAACCUGGAGAUCAUGGUCGUCCUGGCCCAGUAGGAGAACCUGGAUCCAAAGGCUACAUUGGGCCUCCAGGUCCACCUGGAAAUCAAGGCUCGAAAGGGUUCAAAGGUGAUCGAGGACUGCCAGGGGACCCUGGAAGACCACAGCCAGGCACAAAUGGAGACGACGGUGAACAAGGUCCACCCGGUCCACAAGGACCAGAAGAGAACAUUGAGUUUCCCCCAGAAUUCCUCCCACCCAAAGGUUCCAAGGGAGACAGGGGUCAUCCGGGACCAUGUGGACCAAAGGGCAAACCAGGUGGAAGAGGAGACACCUUCAGUCAAGGAAUGAAAGGGGAGGAAGGAAUUCUUGGUUUUCCUGGACCUCGGGGUUUUCCCGGGUCACCUGGCAGUUCAGGACCUCUAGGACUUGAGGGCUUGCCAGGGGAGAGGGGGCUUCCAGGUCUCAUUGGAACAAUUGGACCAAAGGGCUACCGUGGAGAUCCAGGACUCCCUGGUCCCUUGCAGUAUUUGAAAGGGUCUACUCUCAGAGGAGAAAAGGGUGAAAAGGGCUAUCGUGGAGAUCCUGGAUUACCGGGUGACUUUGGAAUAAUGGGUACGAAUGGACCUCCUGGCCCAAAAGGACUGCCAUUUCCAGCUUGUCUGGGUGUGCCUGGUCCUAGCGGACCUCCGGGUCCCAAAGGCUUUAAGGGAGAGCCAGGGAGGUCCAACGACUUAAUCAACCUGCUCCCAGGACCAAAGGGAAGAAAAGGACUGCGUGGGAUCAAAGGUGUCACUGGACUUCCUGGUCCAUCAGGAUGCUGUGACUAUGUAUGUGAGCCUGGUUAUCCAGGUGGCCCUGGUGAUAGAGGACCACCAGGACCUCUUGGAAACAAAGGCUUAAAAGGAUAUCAAGGUUGUGAAGGAGAAUGUAAAUGUCAGUUUUCCCAAGGACCACUUGGUCCCCCUGGUCAUCCUGGUUUUCCAGGAGCUCCAGGAUUGCCCGGAACACCAGGGAUUGAUGGAGACCCCGGACUGAAUGGAGAAAAGGGUCCCACAGGGCCACAUGGGGCUAAAGGAUAUGUGGGUUUAAAAGGAGUUAAGGGACAAAAAGGGGAUGAUUUUAUUUCAACAAUUCAAGGUCCAAAGGGAAACCGAGGAGACGAUGGACAUCCUGGUUCCUCUGGACAACUUGGUAAACCAGGACUAGAUGGUCCUCCUGGGCUGACAGGAGACCCUGGACCACCAGGAACCUCUUAUAUUGGUAGACCUGGUCCCAAAGGAGACCCAGGUACGGUUGGUCCAAAAGGUUUUCCAGGAAUUCCGGGGCUCCCAGGUCCUGGUUUCCAAGGUCCCCAGGGUCCAGCAGGACCAAAAGGAGACCAAGGGUAUCCAGGCCUUCCUGGAAUUCUCGGGCGAAAGGGCCCCCCAGGUGACACAAAACUCUGUUGUCAUGAGAAUGUGACCGGAUCACCGGGUCUUAAGGGAGAACCUGGAGGACCAGGAAUUCCAGGUGAACCUGGAAGGGAUGGCAUCCCAGGAGCCCUAGGACUUCCAGGACCUAAAGGCAUGAAAGGAGAUGAUGGUGGAAUUGGAGUAAUUGGACCUCCAGGACCACAAGGUUUAAAUGGAGAUCAAGGUGACCGUGGUAUGAGUGGCAAUAGCCUUGAUGGUUCUCCAGGCAAUCCUGGACUACCAGGUCUACCUGGGAGGAAAGGUUCCCCUGGUGAUGUGCUCAGUGCUUUACCAGGUCCUCCUGGUCAACCUGGCCAACCUGGAUAUAGGGGGAGAAAGGGUAUUCCUGGUAGUCCAGGAACCCCAGGGCUUCCAGGUUUACAAGGCCAACCUGGACAGCCAGGUUGUAAAGGAGAACAAGGAUUUAAUGGUGACCAUGGAGCUCCAGGACUUCCAGGUCUACCAUGUUCAUUAUGCGAGAUAACAGGCCUUCCUGGACCCCCAGGACCUCCAGGAAACCCUGGACCGAGUGUGCCAGGGAUUCCUGGUCCAAGGGGCCCAAGGGGAGAUCCUGGACGUCCUGGUCACGGCCAUCCGGGUGCACCGGGUCUCCCUGGUCUUCCUGGUAUACCAGGCCUAGCAGGACCAAGAGGCCCUAGUGGAUCCCCAGGAGAUCCCGGGAAUGAUGGCUGGCCAGGACAGAAAGGUGAGUCUGGCUUUCCUGGCAGGGAUGGAGACAGAGGCUUACCAGGGCCUCCUGGACCUCCUGGACCCAGAGGCAAGCAAGGAGAAAGAGGCCUUUUUGGUCCACCAGGUGCCACAGGAGAACCAGGACAUCCCGGUAUUAAAGGAAUACGUGGCCCCAUAGGAUUACCUGGAGAGUCAAGACUUGUGACUUUAACAAAGGGAGCACAAGGAAUUGAUGGCACAAGAGGACAGCCAGGCCUACCAGGACCAAUAGGUGCAAAGGGCCAAAGCGGAGGACCAGGUGAUCCAGGAGCGGAGGGCUUACCUGGUUCACCAGGAAUUAAAGGGGAUGCUGGUGUACCAGGCCGAUCUGGGAUACCUGGAGAUUCUGGGGAUCCUGGAUUGAAAGGAUUUCCUGGACCAAGGGGAUACCGUGGAAGUGAUGGAGAUCUUGGAGAUCCAGGAUCAAGGGGGCAUCCAGGAAUUCCUGGGGUUCCGGGAUUUCCCGGUUGCAAAGGUGAUCCAGGAGACUCUUUGGGACAAACUGGGAGACCAGGACCGAAAGGAAUUAAAGGGGAACUUGGAUACAGUGAACCAAUUGGGGAUCCAGGAGAUCCAGGCAAUCUGGGUACAAGUGGAUACCCGGGAAACCCUGGAUGGCCUGGCGCUCGUGGUGAACCAGGAAGGCACGGUGGUCCAGGUUUUCCUGGGCCUAUUGGCCUACCGGGUCAUCCAGGUGUUCCCGGUGUUCAAGGUGAUAGUGGGUACGCGGGGCCCCUUGGUCCACCGGGCCCUACUGGACCUUCAGGACUACCUGGGCCUCCGGGUCUUCCUGGACUGGAUGGUCUUCAAGGACCAAAAGGGAUGAAAGGAGCUACUGGAGUAACGAGUGCAGGCCGUCCAGGACCGGAUGGCUUUCCUGGAGUCAAAGGUCCCGGGGGACUGCCGGGCCCUCCAGGAACCUCUAUUCCCGGGCAGAAAGGCCUUAUGGGACCACCAGGUGACUCAGGUCCUCCCGGUUCUCAAGGUGAACCUGGUUACCCUGGGAGAGAAUGUGACAAACCUUUGGCAGGAUGUGUUGGAGAUCCAGGAUCUGAAGGGGCCCCAGGUCCCCAAGGUCCUCCUGGACUGCCAGGUGAACAAGGCAGCGUUUCAUUCUACAAAGGAGAUCCGGGGCUAAAUGGCCUACCUGGGCCUCCAGGCCGAAAGGGAGAUAAGGGCUAUCAAGGAAAUCAAGGAGUUUCAUCAUAUCCAGGAAUACCAGGACCCAAAGGUGAGCGAGGCCCUCCUGGCGUCAGAGGUGUUCAUGGAGCUAAAGGACCGAGAGGUGAUCCUGGACCCUUGGGGAGGAAAGGAGUAACUGGCCAACCUGGAGUCAUCGGGGCCAAGGGCUCCCGAGGAGAUUCUUCAUGUGAAACCCCACGAAGAGCUCCAGAUGGCCCUGCAGGACCACCUGGUUACCCAGGACCCAUUGGGUUCCCAGGCGCAAUGGGUCCGCCUGGGUCUGAUGGACCUAAAGGACUAAAAGGUCCAUUUGGCUCUCGCGGCCUCCCUGGACCCCCAGGUCCACCUGGUAUUGAUGGUUCGAGAGGUGAACAAGGAGAUUUUGGUCAGCCAGGAUUCAUAGGGCCUCAAGGCAGCCCAGGCGGACGCGGUGACCCAGGCGUGCCAGGUUAUACGAGAUCAUCAAGCUCAGGGUUCCUGUUGGUUCUUCACAGCCAGUCAGUUCAAGUUCCGAGUUGCCCUGAUGGCAGCAGUCAGCUUUGGGUGGGCUAUAGUCUGGCCUACUUGGAGGGACAGGAGAAGGCUCACACACAAGACCUUGGUCAAGCCGGCUCUUGCUUGCCCAUGUUUUCCACCAUGCCCUUCUCCUACUGCAACAAAGCCGCCUGCCACUACUCGGCUCGGAACGACAAAUCCUACUGGCUCUCCACAACGGCAGCCAUACCCAUGAUGCCGCUCUCCGGCCACGAGAUCAGAUCCCACAUCAGCCGCUGCGCGGUUUGCGAGACGCUUUCGCCCGCGGUGGCUUUCCACAGUCAGGAUCCAUCGAUUCCCACGUGCCCGCCUGGCUGGAGGAGCCUGUGGACCGGCUUCUCCUUCCUCCUUCAAACAGGGGCUGGUGACGAGGGGGGCGGUCAGUCUCUGUCUUCCCCCGGUAGUUGCCUUAAGGAUUUCCGAACUCACCCCAUCAUUGAGUGCCAGGGUGCGCGAGGGGCUUGUCACUACUUCGCCAACCUCUACAGCUUCUGGCUCACCACUGUACGCCCCAUAGAUCAGUUUGUCAAGCCCAGGCCCGGAACCAUCAAAGCUGCUGGGGAGCAACGGCGCAAGGCCAGUCAGUGCCAAGUCUGCCUCAGACAGUAGAGGGAUGUUUCGGGGAGAUUUGUCCCAACGGCGGAGGAAGGAUACUUUAGAAUUGGCUGGUGCUUAGUUCAUUAUUUUGUUUUGAAAAAUGCAACUUUUAAGAAAAAACAAAUUACUAAUAGAAAUAACUGAAACACUAUGACAAGAACUCUGAAGAAUGACAUGGCUUCCGCACUCGUUGCCCUUCUAGACCAGUGAUUCCUGAUUUUUAGUGGCCCAAUGUAUAUGUUUUAUAUUUUAACGACACACCACAAAACUAAAGUUUCACAGAAGGUCUUUACUGCAUACUGAAAUAAUGAUUACCUCGAUUCAGUUUACUGAAAAAUGUGUGGAGAGUGAAAUCUGGGCCCUUUUCAGUUCAACACAAAACUAUUAUUCCGCUGUGUGAAAAGCAACAGUCGGAUUUAUGGGUUCAUUGUACCUGAUGCCAUCUAGUGGACUGUUUUGUUUAUCACUCUACAUCGCUGGCACAGAUACAGAUUUAGUGUAUUAGUGAAUUCAGUCAUUUAGAUUUAGUGAAAUCUGAUCAUUUCUCACAACACACCCGAUGGAGUCUCACUGACAAUCAGUGGCUUGGAAUCACAUUUCUAGCCCAUGCUUCACAGUUAUUUGAUGAGCGGCCUCUGGAUCAGUAGUUUUUAUUUGUGCUAAAUUUGUUUUGUAAUAACUUUGAAGAAUACAGCUGGACAUAAAAAAUCUGCCUUUUCUUUAAAAAAAACAACAAUGGAAUAAAAUAUAAAAAUUGA